CCUAUAAAUGUCCCUAGACUACCCUCUCAACCAGGGGGUCUGAGAGAGGCAAAUGAAUCUGGUUCACACGUUUGGCAAUGCACAGUAAAAUCUUUCCCCCACUUUUCAUCUCAGCCAUCCGUUGCACUAACUUUUCUUUUACCUGCAGCGAUUCGUAAAUGGUCUAUGACGCUUGGGCCCAUUUUUGUGUGGGACCGGCAGCAAGAGACAGCGGCUGGCGCUCAUCCGCGUCGCUCGUUUCAGUCGUUGUUCCGUGAAACGGUGAAAACCCUAGAUCGGGAUGGCCACUGCCCAAUCCACGACGUGCUCCCCUCCCCCAAUCCACGACGUGCUCCCCAAUCCCCUUCCUCCCCAAUUCACGCCUCUCUCCUCCGCCGCCUCCUCACCUCACCUCGCCAUCCCCGGCCCCUCCGGCGCCGUCCCAUCUUCCCCAGCCCCGUACCUCCUCCCCUCCGCCGUCCCCACCUCCUGUCCGGGACCCUCGCACUAGAUCGACCGGCAGGAACGACGCUGCAGGAUACGCCGGCUGGACGUCGGUGAGAUGUCUCCGGCCAGCAGGAUGCGCCGGCAACGGUGCAGCGAGCCACGGCGGGCCUUCGUCUGCGAUGCGCUCCAUCAGUGGACGGAAAAAAACGUUGGAGGAGAAACGAGGGGCGGCGCUGGGACGGAGGUGGAGGAGCAGCGACGGGCGCCUCUUCGGGUGGCGCUGGGUGAAGUUGGUGGUGGGGGCAGGCCGACCGGUGCCGGUCGCGCUCCCUCAGCCAUGGCCUCACUCGUCGUCGUCCUGGUCGCCUCUUCCCCAACCAGAAUCGACUGCCAGAGCAAGGAAUCGAUUGGAAAAUGUGGCUGCUGGCAUAGAGGCUACGACCGGAGUCCGCCGAAACCAACCUGAUACGCUGCGAUUUCUCCUCCCAAGACAGUAAAAGAUGGGAACCAAGAAUGCUUGUCAAAAUGACGUUUCAGAAUCGGAGCAAGGCCUGUUAGUGCAGACACAAAUGAAUCUGUGAGUAUUGCAGACACGGAUGAAACACUCCUUGUUGCUGUCCUCUCACAUGUUCACAUGUCAAGCCAUAUGGAUGUCAAGGAGAGUGUUUAUUCGUUGGAAGAGAUGAUGAUUCACGUCAAUGUCGGACAGUUCAUUGAGCGGUGGGAAGCUCCCAGAUACAUCUUUUCCAAACAGAUUCUCAUGCGCUGGUGUGAUGUACCUCGGCUCAUUGAGCAAAACGGUGAGAAGUUCCCAAAAUGGUUCAUUGCUGGUCUUCUUUGCUCCGAGGUGUGCUCCACAUCCCUCUGCUUGAUCGAUCUGAGGCGAAUGAAGAGCAGCAAAGCUGUCCGGCUGUUCUGCGGAGGGCCUGAGGGUGUCACCAGCUUGCCGCCUCCGUCUCGGGCUCCGGUGCCGUUCGGGAGAUUGAGGCGGCGGUCGGCCGGCUUAGGGGUCUGGCCUGCCUGCCGGCUCGCCCCGUCUGCGCCUUCUUCCAUGACCCACACUGCUGGCAUGCUGCGUCGGCGUCACGUGGAGAAACAACCGUUGUGCACGCCCUUCACGGCGAGCUCGGCUGAUGCCUAUGACGGCAAGAUUCCGAGAAAGCUUGCUCAUGGUGCUGCUGGUAGGACAUGUUCUGUGCCCAGAUCAAACAUCCCAUUACCCAGAUGAUGGGCUCAUAAAAUGGUGAGAGAUGCCUGCCAACGCCCCUCCUCCUCGGACCAUUCUCGUCUCCGUUAGGCAGCUCCUAUUCCGGAUUGGUGAAAGGCAAAAGCAUUGCCGGUUGUCAACACAAUUAGAGGGCCAAUGCUCAAAUGAUGUCCUAUCGAUAGGCCUGACAAGGACAGCCCUGCUGCAGAGCGGGGGAGAUUACAAAUGUGAGGAUUGCCUUCCAAUACACAGUCCACUUUAUGCGACCAUGCUCUGGAAGAUGCAAACCACCUGCUCAUGCAAUGCCCUUUCUCAGGUGGGGUUCGGAUCAGAUUGUAUCAAGCUAAUUGUUUGGAGCCUAAAAAACAGGACACAUCUGGGAAUGGUAUUACUGGGCUAGAUGCCCAAGAUUAAAACACAGAGAGGUGGCAGCAAUUGCGAUUCCAGGAAUGAGGAAACUAUGGCGAGCAAAAAAGGCUAUGAGUUUUGACUGUAAGACUGCAAAUCUGCAACAAGUUUUACAGGUGGCCUUGCAUGAAUUGGCACUGUUUGAGGUGGCCAAAACAAUGGUAGACAGGGGUGAGUAGUAGUCCGGAUUUUGUUUUAGUGGAGAUGUCUUGUAAUCACUCUUGUAACUGAUCUAUGCCGAAUUUAAUGAAAUGACAAGCAACCUUUUUUAGUUGCCUC